AUGGUCAGGGGCCAGUGUGCGCUGUUCUCCAUCGCUGUGCUCGCUGGUCUUUGCGUCGACAAGACCCUCGGAGGACUACUCAGACGCCAGCACAUCGCCGCUGGCUCGAUUCAGAAUGCUCAGGUUAUCAGUGACUCCGUCCUGCCAACUCUGGAGGGGCCUGUCAGAGGACCAGCAGCAACGGUAGCAACCGUCAAAGGCUUUUCCGAGAGCAGCUCAGAGGAUGCCUUCCCUGAAGUGGGCGCUCCCAUCGUCAGUCCAGUCCUUCCUUCAACAACUACUGCUAGUGUAUUGAGCCAAAAUGCAUCUUCGACGCAGACGGCAGGAUCAGCCAGCUCAUCGACAACAGCACGAGUACCACCGACCAGGCCGCCAAGUGCACCCUUAACUGUCGCCGUGACUAUUGUCAUUGACGACUUCCUCGGAGGUUCGGGAGGGAGCACAUUGUUAGAGUCCUCCUCGGAACUCUCUACCUCAACGAGUUCGGAGGACUCAGCGAGCUCGACAACAUCCUCGAGGAAAACAGCCCCGACCCCCCCACGUCCUCCACCAGCAGGAGGAUCGCUUCCCUCUGGCACACCUCAGGUCUCUUCCGCCAAGGUAGAGAGCUUUGAUCUGGGUUAUGGAAAGACGUCGGCCCAGCCAAUGACAUUCGUGACGUCUACGCUGUCUGCAGAUGCCACCCGGGUGUCCAACUCUGUCGAGGAGCCAUCUCUUGUUUGCGACGUUGGUGAAGUUGUGGUGACACCCACGGUGUGGUCAGUUGUUUACACCAGCACCAUCACCUGGUUUGGAAAUCCAGAAGACUAUACUCCUCCAUACCCGCCUUUAUCUCUCCCUUCUCCGACGCCGACUUGUAUUCCAAAUCCAUCCCCGGCUGAGCUCACCGUUUCGUGGUGCUCCACGGUCAACUCUGAUAUCAAGUGCAGAACGAGUACAGCCACCCCGACUUACCUGUUUGGAGUGCAGACCAGCUUUAUCAAUCCAAUCACCUUCCUGACUACUGAUAAGAAUCCGGCCGUGAUUUACACGAGCUUUUCGGCGCCGAACUACGGCAUCAGCCAGCCACCCAAGACCCGAGAUAAUCAUGUCAGCGCAACCGAGACACCCGUGGUUUCUACUCCAGCCUAUAACUCCAAUGACGCUCCACACGCGAUAACCGACGCGGCUGUGCACCAUCCAACCCCCAGUCCAGCAGUCCCUAUCACUGUAGCAGUGCAGCCAUCAGCCGUGGUCAUCAAUGGCAACACAAUUCGCGAUAAUCCCGCCACCCCGACCCAGGUCGUGGUUGUUGCUGGUCAGACCUUCACCAUCGACCCCACCAAAGUUGUUGGAGCCGGCCACACCGUGGACAGGCCGGCGCCCACUGGCGGGGCCUACGUCCCCAUCCCGACUACUACUAGCAUUUCCGGCAUCCGCGUUGUGGUCAUCUCUUCGAAAGCCAUCAUCGGAAGCUCUACCUUCGCUCUCCCUCCUGCCGGAGCAGCCCCCACAACCGCUAUUGUCUCGGGGAAGACAUUUACCAUUCACCCGACCGCCAUCGUCGGCGGCAAUGGCCACAGUGAUGGGACUGGCUUUCCUUCAGCAGGCAACUCUGGCUCACAAUAUCAAACCCUCACUCUCCCAGCCUCCCCAGCUCCAACUGAAGUUGUCGUUGCGGGCGGCGACCUCAUCACCGCAAUCGGCGGUUCCAUCGUCAUCGUUCACGGCACAACCAUCACCUACGCCACGCUAACUUCUGCGCUGACGACGACCCUCAACCCCGGCGACCCCUCGGCCGUCAUCACCAUCGGGCCCUCGGGGAUCACUCUGACCGAGCACGCAUCUCGCAUCAUCCUCGGCGGGCCCGACGCUCCCUCCGGCGCCACACAGUACGCCCUGGUCGGCGGGGCAACGCUGACAAAGAUUGGCCCAUCGGUGGUCGUGCUGGACGAGACGACAUACACUGUCGGCCCAGGCGCGGGCACUACAAUUACGCAGUUGCCCGGCGGCGAGACGGUAACCAUCGGCCCCGAGGGCGUGGUUGUCGACUCAACCAUGACAAUUCCAUUCCCAUUUGGACCAACGUCUACGACGGUGAUCAUACCGGGAGCAACACCUACGUGGGGAGGUGCCGUUGCUACAGGAGUUGGAGAAUAUGGAUAUGGUUGGACUGGGAGCUAUGACAAUGGCGAAGGUAAGGAAGAGGAGGAUGUGGCAGCAGGGUUGAGACCGUGGCUAAACGGCGUUAUGUUGGCAUGGAUGAUCUCUCUUUUGCUUUGCUGGUCUGGUUAA